AUGGGCAGGGGAGGCGCCGUAGGAACUCGGGAUUUGGCGCACCUCCGUGCCCUGGCAGGCAUCGUGUUCAACUGGGGUGUGGAUCCACUCCUUGGGCGCAUCGUCCUGGCAUGGCCUACGAAGACCAUCAUCUCACAAACCGGGGCAUCGCGGAUCAUCGACUUGACGACGACUCCCGAAGAUUACUCCGCAUUGCGUUCCAUGCUUUCCAAAAUUGCAGUGAUGCUCUUCCCGCGAGGCCUACAGGAUCACCUUUCACAAACACAUGUUACGUCCAUCUUGUUGAACCGGCAUGUGACAAGCGUUUUCAAAGCUGGCAUCGCCCUUGGUUGGCUACCCAAAUCGUCGAGCUCUGAGAGUACUCCUGUAGUGCAUCAUUUCAGGCCGCUCGUAAUGAGAUUGCUGGUGGUAUUACAACCAUCACAAGCAAUUGCCGCGCUUGGCGGAGUAUUACAAGGCCCUCCAUCGCCCCUUCCCCAUGUUCGGAGGACUUGCCUGUCUUUGCUAAAUCGUCAGCUGAUACGUAAGGGCGGCGUUCGCGGGCUAUGUGAAAGCGUUCUGGGUGAGGAGGAGAUGUCUGGCGAGGAGGCGCCACUCGAGAAGCUUGAACGGAUCUCCGAUGUUAUCAGACUUGCGCUUCCUGAGAACAUGCCGGCUGAGGCAUACUAUGAAAAUGUCGUUUCUCAAUUAAUACACAUACUGUCUACUGAAGCCAGCUCUCCCGUUCACCAGAGGGCAGCUGGCUUCGCCCUGUCUCGGUUGUUUUCUCGGCAAACCGAAGCAACUGCUUCUGAGCCGACUGUGAUCAGACCCGCAGAUGUUGCAUUGCCGCUCGUUCACGAGGCGUUUCUUGCACCUGCUGAUAGUAGCGAGGCUGUGGCGAAGAAAGAGCACUCACUCACGCCAUCACAAACAAUAUCCGUCCUCGUUAAAUUGCUCCGUAACACUGACCCAUCGCCAACGCUUGUUUCCGACUUGCUCUCCCCGAUUGUACCGCCAAUGUAUGCGAUAUACGAGGAGUUGGAGAAACUGAAAGCUGGAGAUCCAGAGAGGAAGGAGUCUAUACGGAAUCUUCUUGCAACGUGGGGAAAGCUAGUGAAUGCUUCGCUUGGUGUCAGCAUGCUGUGGCGCAUCGUCAACGGCGAUGGCGGGAACUGGAAGGUGGAUAUUACCGGAGAGAUAGCACGAACUCACCGGGAUGAAGGCGUCUCAUCGCAGUCAAUAUUCACACCCACAAGUCUUGACCGUGCGCAGCGCAACGGAGACUUAGAUAUGGACGCUAAUAUCUUCGAUUUGCGACCGGAUCCGCGCAUCUUUGUUCGAUUCGUCAAGUCUUUGGACCGCUCUGAUAUCUCGACCGAAGUCUUGAUAGAAGUGCUCAAGGCGUAUCAAGGGUUACGCAGUAGCACAUCUGCCGAUCCGUUCAGAGUCCUUCUAUUUCUCCAGCUGGCAACUCAGAUGCAGCAACAGCUGUCAGACAAGGGCUCGGCUUCGAGCCUUCUUCAACAACCAGGGCACAUUCUGUCUUUCGUCAAACAAGCAAUAGAGACAGCCGUACAUCGUCGUACCGUCCCUCCCCCUGACACCACGUUACCGGCAAGCCGUUUAACCCUUGAGGAUUUGCGUAUAGUGGACAAUGUGCACACUGAUGUUGAGGAUGAGAAGGACAGUGAUGACGAAGCUCCUGACUCGUCCACAUCUAUCGACGAAGAGAUGAUGACCACCGCCAUCAACCUACUGCUUUCGGUGUUGGAAGCCCGCGCCAAAUUACCAACCCAUCUAACAGCGAACCUGGAGGAGAUAUUCGAGCUCUUGGAACCAGCAGCAGCCUCUACUUCGGACGCCCUCCGGCCCCUAGCUAGAGAAGCUCGAAUCGUGAUCACAGCUCGCUUAGCAAGCACUUCUGCGUUCGGUAUGUCGUCAACGCAAUCGGCCAAAGGGACGGAGGAAGAUCCUCAGGGUACAUAUCAGAAGGCCCUGAAACUGCUUCAGGAUCCGCUACUUCCCGUCCGUGCGCAUGGCCUUAUGCUUCUACGGGAGUUGGUAUCACGUCGGGCGGCAUCGGCAUCAUCUUCUCCGGCUAUCGACCGAGCUCUGAAACCCGCUAUACUCUCCAUAUUUCUCCAAUCAAUCCAGGAUGAUGAUUCGUACAUAUACCUCAACGCUGUGAACGGGCUAUCCAGCAUGGUGGACGGUUACGGGAAGGAUGUGCUCAAUCGCCUUCGGGACCUAUACGCGGAUGGGUUGGAUGGACUCGCAGGUUCAGCAAUGACACAAGCAGACCUCGAUCAGAGGUUGCGAGUAGGAGAAGUGCUGGAGCAAGUGAUUCGCCGAUGUGGAAAUGCUUUGCCUGCAUAUGCUGAUCUACUGGUACCGACGCUCCUUCAUGUAGCGAAAACACCCCAAGUUCCGACGGCGUUGCGGACCUCAAGCCUGUCGCUCCUUUCUCAGUGUGCUCAGACGAGCGCUAUCAUCGUCGUCACGCACUUAUCCGGUGUUCUUGGGAUGGUGAUCGAUGUUUUGCAGACUGAGGCAGUUUCGGCGAAUCUAUCCUCCGACUCCAAACAUGCACCUUCUACGAAAUCAGGAGUUGCGAUAACGGAGGCGAUGGACUUGGAGCCGACGUCUGGCCUAUCCAAGCUCCCGCCUCUGCGACGUGCAGCAGUCCACCUUUGCCAUGUAGUGCUACGCGCGUCGCUUGUACAUGGCGACGACUCACUCGUAACUAUGCUCGACUUGAGCACGGUAAGAAGAUUGAGGAUCACCCUCACCUAUACCGCUUCCACAGACGAAGACGCGGUCGUGCGGAUGAUGGCAAACGAAGCCCUCGAUGCGAUCAACCAGUUCCAAAGAUCCCUCCUAGGCUUCUAG